GGCCAUCAGCAUCCAUGGAGACCAGCCUGCCGGUGACGCGAAAGGAAGUGCUCAGCUGCAUGAAUCUGCUUUCUAAUCCUAGCUGGACAACAGGCUGCCGCCUGAGCUGCUCAAACUUGAAGUUGAGGCCGCCGGGAACCGGCCUGCUUCUGGGCAGCCGUGCCAGCCGACUGAGUGUCCUGCAGGCCGUUGGCGUCAGGGAUCCCGGAUUGUCAAGGGGAAAGCAGAACCAGGAACAGACGGGGAGCAGACUUUGAUCAUUGUCACGUCAGCUGCAGGCAGCAAGGGCUGCUCAAAGCGGUCUCCUUAACACAAGUGAUUGCACAUGUCGAAAGGUCCUGUUAUUGGAUUGGAAAAGCCUGCGGACGACAUUCAAUACCAGAGAAGGCUUGAAAGGCAGUCAACCCAGUCCCUAGACAUCUCGAAUCCCUCUGAGCUGGGUGUGGAGGCCUUUGAAGCACAAGGUGGCGCACAACUUUCUUCCGUAGCGCAAUUGAAGUCUCGCCUUGAGGAUCUGACCUGAGGAGAAGUUCCUCUUGCUUGCCAGCUCAAUUGAGCCGAGGCAUUGAGUCUGACAGGCUUUAGGACGAAUGGAAGGCCAGAGCGGGCGCCACCUCUACAGCCCCUGGCAGCACGUAAGCUGCGAGCAGAGCUAGCGUUGGAUCACAGACCGCUGGCCACAAUGCGUGCCACAUCAUGUGAUCUGGGUGUAUCAUACUCGCCGGCGACCCUGGGGCCCAACUCUCCCACCGCUGGCGUCAAGACACCCAAGAGCUCAUGGUCCCCUGAGGAGGACCGGCUGCUGGUGGAGCUUGUGCGGAAGCACGGCGCCCAGAGCUGGUCGCUGAUUGCUAAGCAGAUUGCCGGCAGGUCGAACAAGAGCUGCCGCCUCAGGUGGUGCAACCAACUGAACCCCGAGGUGCGCAAGGAGCCGUUCACUCCAGAUGAAGACCGCGCCCUGCUGGCAGCACAUGAGCGACACGGCAACAAGUGGGCAGCCAUUGCGAAGGAGCUCCCAGGGAGGACGGACAAUGCCAUCAAGAACCACUGGAACUCGUAUCUAGCACGCAAAGCGCCGGGGGCGCAGCGAGACCUGCCAGGCGCCACCCCCCCUGCGGCGGAGAGCGCCAGCAGGGAGGGGCGCAAAGGGGCGGCCGCCCGGUCCCCGUCUACCAAGCGGGUGUCGCAGCAGUGGGAGGGGGACCGCAACCUGCACAAGAAGAUAAAAAGCAAUGACGUGGCCAGCCCAAACGCUCCUUUCGACAUCUUCUCACCUCCACCCAGCGAGCUCCAAAACUCCACCUCCCCGCCCCAGGAGGCUUCUUCUGGCCUGCCCCCCCCCUCUCCGUUCCAUGCUCACACCUCGGGGCACCCCCCCCACAGCGGGUUCCUUACCUCCUUUGCAUCUCUUCCCCCCCGAAGCCAGUCUACCUCCCCUGAGGCGGAAUUCUCCACCCGGAGGCCUUUCUCUAGCGCGGGUGAUCUUGCCAGCCCACGGGGCUUUCCCUGGAGUAGGGCACACCUCCCAAACGGCGCACACUUUGUAAAGCCCAUCCGGCCCCAGGCGCUGCGCUGUCAGCCGGAGAGCGCAGCCCUGGCGUCGGUGGUGAUGCAGUUCCUGCCCUCCUUUGGGGCGCCCCCCCUGCCCUCGGAGAGCGACUCGAGCGGCGAGCCGACGGACGGGAGCGCCCGCCGCGCGGAGCUGAGAGAGCACGUCAUCGCCGAGUACCUGAAGCUGACCACCGCCAUGGCCAAGGCCACCGCCGGCGCCUCAGCCUCCUAUGUUCUGUCGAACCCCAGCCCCACCCCCUCAGGGUUCCCCCACUUCCUCCCCUUUGCGGCCCACCCAGGGAUCCGGUUGAGCCCCCCCCACCUACCCAAGAGCGCGUCGACGUCGCACAUGGCGGCCUUGGAGCUGGAGCCGCAGCGCGGGUUCAGGAAACCGCGGCUGGACGUGCUGGCGACGCCCUCCGCAUUUGCGGCGCUCAGUCUGGGGAGCCCCUGCGGGCCGCCCCCGGCGGAGGAGGGGCCCUCGGGAAGGGAGGAGGGUGGGGAGAGGUGUAGCCCGACGAAAGUGGGGGAAGCUGACGUGGCAGAGGCGGAAGAGGGGGCGCGGACGGACAGUGGGGACGAAGACGAGCAGGAGGAGAAGCCUCGCCUGAAAGAGCUCAGACUGAUGGACAUGCCGGACCGCCGGGCGGACGCUCUGUUAGAAGCCAGCCAUCCCAUGACGCCGCGCCGAUCGCCAUCGCCGCAGUAGGAAAAGAACAGGACGAGAGCCUGCGAACUUGGUUACAGACAGUCGCUUGAGGAUUAGAUGCACAAAGGCAAGGGCGGCUUGGGGUUGCUAUUGAGAGUAACGUCACGUACACCAGUAGGUGACGUUUUUGUAGAAAUUGCGUGACACGAGCGAAUGGUCUGCGCAGUAGUUUCGAGCCAAGUAGAUUAGCUGUCGAAUAGGGUUUAUAGACGGGUUAGAAGAAUGAGACUGAGGCAUGCCGUCGCUCGCCGCAAGCCUCCUGAUCACAGUUUCGUUUUGCGUUUGUUGGGGACAAGUCGGAUCACAGUAGUAGUGACACAUAGAAAGGCAACUUGCGAUCGCAUAAGCAUGUGACCUCGUCACUAUAGGGUGAACCGCAUCAGUGUAGGCUGCUACCAAACACGUAGGGGUUGCACGACAAGAAACCAUCGGUAGGUGUAGCAUCGCUUUGCCAGCGCAAAGCGUGCUCACUGAGCAAUACAUCGUCUACUACAUAAUUGAACGUAGUUGGACUAGGGCUGGCCAUGGAGGUGCAAAAAGUCCGGGGAAGCGAGUAGCAAUAUAUGCCCACAUAUGUAAGCGCAGGUCGGGUCACCUAGAGCAUCUGAUGAUUAUUAAAUUCGGCCGACAAGGCUGGACUUUUAGGAUCCGACCUUCGUUUCCAUGCAGCGCUGCGGGCGCUCUACUAGAUAUAAG